AGACUUUAAAACCCACUUUAUAAUUCAUGAUAUGAUUGGUUUUUAAAGUACACUCUCACUGAUUUCGCCCUGUUCUUCUUCCAGACAUCGUCGGAUCCAGAUGCUGCAGGAUGGAGCUUCCCUGAAAAUGAAACCCUCCAGUAUUUUCUCUUCCUAAAUCUUUGACCUCUCCUCACCCAAAGCGGAAUUAAAAACUUAUAAAAAAAAUAAAAAAAUACAACAGACAGAGGACAGAGACGUUGGGACGCUCCGGAGUCUCUCCAUCAUGAGACCCUCUGUUUCCGCCGCUCCUCCAUCAGGACUUCUGCUGGUCCUGAUGUGCUGCCCCCUGCUCGGUCUGGUGCAGUCAGCCGGCGCCAGGAGCAACAGCAACAAAGCCAGCGAUAAAGGACACAUGCACCUGGGAGACUCUGAGAGAUGUAUGAGGCAUCACUUUGUGGAGACCAUUACACACCCUAUUUAUAAAUGUAACUCCGAGAUGGUUCUGUUGGCCCGUUGCGAGGGCCACUGUAGCCACACCACGCGCUCCGAUCCGCUCAUCUCCUUCAGCUCGGUUCUCAAACAGCCCUUCAAGAGCAGCUGCUCCUGCUGCCGGCCUCACACCUCCAAACUGAAGGCCAUCCGGCUGCGCUGUGCUGGCGGAACUCGCAUUACCGCCACCUACAGGUACAUCCUGGCCUGCAACUGCGAGGAGUGCAGCUGAGUGGUGUUACCGAUCCGCUGAUACCACUCGGGGGACUGUGGACACUGUUCUUCCCAAGUCCGUCUGAUUGAAACUACCGGAACUUUUUUUCUUAUUAUUUGGAAUUGAAUGAGGAAGUUCGUCCCGGAACUCGUGCUCAUGUUACACGGUGAUGACCUAGAACCUACACUCGUGCAGGUCUCCGAGCCAACCGAACCACAGUGGACUCGCUCUCCGUCAGGUUCAUCCAAUCAGCGGGAGUCAGCAGAGGGCCGGACAACACAGACCGACUUGUUCAGAGCAACCGGAGUCAGAGUUGACCAGGAGUUGACAACCCCAGACAGACUCCGCCCCGACACUGCUGGUGCACAUCUGCAUCAUCACAAACACUGAUCCCAUUUAACGGCAGAGAAAACGCCUGGGGCGGAAAAACACCAGCCUUCACUCAGACAGAACUGUUUUAAAAGGAGACCUUUAGCUCAGACUUGGACACAGGGACGUUGUUUCUGGGACUUGGGAUGACUCAGCUAGCAAAACAAUUUUAUGAACUCCUCAGUCUCCCACAUCAUAAAAGUCCAUAAAAAAUGAAUUGUUUUAGCUCGCGGAGACACAGAGGCCGUCGGUGUUGUGUUACCUCCUGUUGUGUCACCAAGGUAAAUCUGAAAAAGAGGAUCUGAACGGGGGAGUUGAACAGUGGAUCAACAGCUGCCAUGUCCUCCGUUAGCUAAAAUCGCUGAUUUCCUCUAUGGUACACGACUGUAGGUUUUCACACAGGUGUGGGUACAACAGUGAACUAAUACCCCACAAAUCAUGGGCUUCAGACUUCAGCUGACUGUGUGUGUGUGCAAGUGUGUGUGCAACGACUCAAACUCAAGCGCCACCCCGUGGUGAGUUUGUCAGAACCAAAAGUUGAACGUUAUUAUAUUUUCUGUCUAUUGUUUUAUUUUCCUUCCUUUGUUUUUUUUUUAUUUUUACAAAUUCAAUUAAA